AGAUUUAUGAAAUAUAAUGCUGUUUAAUAUCAGAUUAGGGGUUAGUAAAUAUGUGCUAAUGGUCCUCUGCAAUCUGAGCUUGAUGCUCAACACCAUGAUUAUUAUUAGAGGUGUUAGAGUUCCACCUACCAGCCCUUCGAAACAAACAAGCCUUUGAAACUUAGUGGUAAUCUGUACAUUCUUAUGCAAGUGUGAGUGUAUGUGUGUUCUAGUUACUGUUUGUGAUUCUCACAGCAUUGUGCAACUGAAGCAAAAUAAUAAAUUCAGUGCAACGUGUGGCUCAUUCCCCUUAGGCUUCACAUUGUGAAAUUGUUGUAGUAAAUAAGAGACACUGAAAUAAUAUGACAAGCUAUUAGGCUUGCACUCCAGCAACCGCUAUUAUGCAAUUUGCCAUGUAUUACAUUCUGAGUGUAGACAGACCGCUGAUUCUAAAAGGAAAAUGAAUGCCUUGGCUCAAAUGCAGAAUUGAUGAUAUACGGAUAAAAUAUCACUUUACUCAGAGCAACUCUCCAUCCACGUCAAAAUAUUUGACAAAGCUUGAUGAAUCAGACAAAUGGUAUGUUCAUGGCAUAUCUAUGUAAGCCUGUCAUGUCUUUAAUACCCUGCCACCCAUACGUUUCCAUUUCCAAUGGCCACUUUCACAAGAUUUUAUAGAAAACAGCCUACAUUCCAAUAAUUCCCAUGGGGUUUGUUUUUUUCUAAUUUUCUCAUACAAAAUAUCCGCUUUCUAUAGAUGUCGCAAUGCCAAGGAGUAAUAAGAGUUGAAAUGUUUGAGUUUUUUUAUUUCCCAGAUCUGAGAGGGAGACUGAGGCUGGCAGAAACUGGAUGUGAAAUAAAAUGUUAGUACAGCAGUAUCCUGUUAGAUUUACAUCUAUGUGGAAAAUUAUUAGCUCUCUGAAUAUGUUCUUUCUAGCAGAUCAAACUGCUUACUGAAGUUUUCCAACUCCUCUGUUUCAUUUAAUAUGACAUGGACAGUCUCUAAACUAAAGUUGUACAGAUAACAUAAAUAUCUGGGUAGAAUAUGUAUUGUAUUGUAAUGAUCUGCAGGACAUGUAGCAAAAACAAAUGGGUAAAGUGAUGUAAUUAUUGUGGUCUUGGUUUAAGAAUGGAUUAAUUAAUGAUUAAUUAAUUAAUGAACACAUUAAUGAUUCAGCUCUGUAGCUGAUAAUGAUGAUUAUCAUUAUUAUUAUUAUUAUUAUUAUUAUUAUUAUUAUUAUUAUUAUUAUUUCAUCUAUACAUUUCCACAAAUGGCUUGUUUUUUUACGUCUUGUGUCCUUACUGAACUCCUCCCAGUGUGUGAGGUUUUUCAGCCUCAGCACUUGAUUGAGUCAUAGGUACGUGUUAAAAAGCCUUUCCAGCAACCUUGAUCAUCCAGUCCAGCUCUUCUCCAGCUGGCCACUUUCAACACCUCUGUGAUUCAGAGCUGGACGAUGGGGAUCUUUUUUGGUUUAGUUUGUGCCUUUGCUGUUUUUGCUCCUCCGUGUCUUGGUGCUCCUCUUCUGCAGGUCGAGCGAGGAGAUGUAACAUUACAUCAGGGUGAAAAACUCCAGGAUGAUGUGGUACUGGCAGCUAAAUACAUCGAACGCUUCUACAGUUUUCAGACAGGUCCCCCUGGUCAUAGGAAGAGAAGUCAUCCCUCUUUUUCCUCUAAACUGAAGGACAUGCAGAGCUUUUUUGGACUUAAUCAGACAGGCAGCUUGGACACUGAGACACUAGCUGUAAUAAAGAUGCCCAGGUGUGGUGUUCCUGAUAUCGAGGAAUAUGUUUACAACCGAGGCAACAGAUGGAAGAAAAACGUGAUCUCUUACAGCAUUGGGAGGUACACCACUGACCUACCUACGAAAACAGUAGACUCCUUGAUUGGAGCAGCUCUGGACGUGUGGGCUAAAGCCAGCCCUUUACGUUUCUUCAGGUCUUCCUCUCAGCAAGCUGACAUUAUGGUGGAGUUUGGCUCCAAAUACCAUGGCGACAACUACCCCUUUGAUGGACCUAAAGGCACACUGGCUCAUGCUUUUGACCCUGGAGAGGGCAUCGGAGGAGAUGUUCACUUUGAUGAAGAUGAACUUUGGACCGCAGAUUCCAGAGGAUUUAACCUGUAUUUGGUUGCAGCACACGAGUUUGGACACGCCUUGGGUUUGAAACAUUCUCAAAACCCACAGUCCCUCAUGUAUCCCACGUACAGAAACCGUCAACCACAAAACAUGCUUUCCAGUGAAGAUAUUAUGAACAUCAACGCACUGUAUGGGCCGAGCGUUACAGCACCUUAUUACCCAAGGCUGAAUUGGAACUAUCCCUUCAACUCUUGGUACACUGGCUUUUACUAUCCAAGGGCAGUAAAGGACAAAUGUGAUCCUGGCCUGUCUUUUGACUCUGUUACUAAUAUAGGGACAGACAUGUUCUUUUUCAAAGACCGGUAUUUAUGGAUCAAGAAUGCUACAAAUGGCAUAAAGGAGGGUCCCAUCAACAGUUUCAUUUCAAAAAUCAAUUCAAGAAUUGAUGCUGCCUACUGGCAUCCACAACACUCUACUACCUUCCUUUUUAGUGGUUCCAGCUUCUGGACAGUGAAGGGCUCUCCGAUGAAAUGCCAGCGUAAAAAAAUCACCAGCUUCGGUUUCCCAGCCUCAGUGGACCACAUAGAUGCUGCAGUCCACGUUCCCAACACUGGCCACACCUUAUUCUUUACUCGGGAUCAAUACUGGAGAUACAAUGAGAAUGAUAACACCUUGGAAAAAUCUAACCCACACGUCAUCUCAGAUGUUUUCCCAGGCAUUAAGACGCCCAUCAGUGCAGCUGUUUAUAAGCAUGGUUUCCUUCAUUUCUUUGUUGGAGCUGAGGUGUACAAAUAUGAUGUAAUGGAGAGGAGAGUUAUUACAAUUAAAAAAGCAAGUUCUUGGCUUGGAUGUUAACAAAGAGUUAAAAAAAAAAUAAUUAUAGGCUUACACAAUGUAAUUAUAUGAACGUAGGCUGUAUUCUAUGCCUAUAAUUGUACAGAAUGCAGAAAAUCAGACUGCAUAUAAUGUGUUAAUGUGCAUCUACUGGUUUGAAAAUCAAUUUCUUAUUCUUCUAUCUUCUUUAAAACUACAUGAAAAACAGGUGUCUGUGUGUGUUGGGGGGAGGGGGAGAUCUUGACCGUCUUCAUAGGAAUUAAGGACUAUUUGCUAUAAGCACUUAUUAUGCUAUGUUUCUUUUCAGCACUUGUGUGAACACUAAAUACACUGAAAAAAUACCUAGGCUGCUAAUUAGGCAGUAUGUUAUUUGUUAGGUUUCUAUACAAUUAUUAUACAAUUAUACUGGAUCAGGGAGCACCUGCUUGAACAGGCUUAGAUUUCUGAUUAGUGCCGUAUUACUGGCCACCAUUAAUUUAACAAUUAAAUGAACUGUUUUAUUUUACACACUAGCUGGUCAAAUAACUCCGUAUGAAUAUUAGUUUCAGAAAGUGAUACUGUAGACGUUGUACAGAGAGAAUAUUUAAAAGAAAAAAUAAAUAACUUUUUAAUACCCACGUAAAACAUUCAAAUAUACAGGCCAAAUGUGUAAUGAUAAAUAAUGUUGAUGUAACUGAUUCAUGACAUGGCAAACUCUUUCAAAUGUAAUGUAUUAUUAUUGUGGGGAUCAAAUUAAAUAAUGAUAUUCAGGUUUGGUUUUAUAAAUAACUGGAUCCAAUGUAUUUUUUUUAUUUUUUAUCAUUUUAUUUUUUUGGGGGGGGUCUGAGUAAUAUUAAUUAUGUUUCAUUAUGGUUGACCAAAGCCUGCAUAGUGUUUAAAAUCCUACUAGAAAUGUACCAAAAAGAUAGAUAAACAUUAUCUCAAUUUUAAAAAAUAACAAUAAAAAAGAUUGAUGUUA